UGUCUUACCGGGCGGCGUAGAAGAUGGCAGCGGCGUUAGAGGAAGAGUUUGAAGACGCGCCUGAUGUAGAGCCGCUUGAGCCGACGCUGAAAAACAUAAUUGAGCAGAAAUCGCUCAAAUGGAUUUUCGUGGGAGGAAAAGGCGGCGUGGGCAAAACGACGUGCAGCUGCAGUUUAGCUGUGCAGUUGGCCUCGGUGCGAGAGAGCGUGCUCAUCAUUUCAACGGAUCCGGCCCACAAUAUCUCUGAUGCCUUCGACCAGAAGUUUUCCAAGGUUCCCACAAAAGUGAAGGGCUACGACAACCUCUUCGCCAUGGAAAUCGACCCUAGCCUUGGGGUGGCUGAGCUGCCAGAUGAGUUCUUUGAGGAGGACAACAUGCUGAGCGUGGGCAAGAAGAUGAUGCAGGAGGCAAUGAGCGCCUUCCCAGGCAUAGACGAAGCGAUGAGCUACGCCGAGGUCAUGAGGCUGGUGAAAGGGAUGAACUUCUCCGUGGUGGUGUUUGACACAGCCCCGACAGGACACACCCUACGCCUGCUCAACUUUCCCACCAUCGUUGAGCGGGGCCUGGGCCGGCUGAUGCAGAUCAAGAACCAGAUCAGCCCUUUUAUCUCGCAGAUGUGCAACAUGUUGGGUCUGGGGGAAAUGAAUGCUGACCAACUAGCCUCCAAGCUGGAGGAGACUCUUCCCAUCAUCCGCUCUGUUAGCGAGCAGUUCAAGGACCCGGAGCAGACUACAUUCAUCUGCGUAUGCAUCGCCGAGUUCCUAUCCCUGUACGAGACAGAAAGGCUCAUCCAGGAGCUGGCCAAGUGUCACAUUGACACGCAUAACAUAAUCGUUAACCAGCUGGUCUUCCCCGAGCCAGAUCGGCCAUGCAGGAUGUGCGAAGCUCGCCACAAGAUCCAGUCCAAGUACCUGGACCAGAUGGAAGAUUUGUAUGAAGAUUUCCACAUUGUCAAGUUGCCUCUGUUGCCCCAUGAGGUGAGGGGGGCAGAUAAGGUCAACACUUUCUCCCAGCAGCUUCUGGAGCCCUACAACCCUCCCAAAAAAUGACUCCUUGCAGAUUCCAAAAGCCCCACCUACUUUCCUUAUCACCUCCAAUCAUCUUGUCUUCAAGUGACCCAUUUUGGAGAGGAACAUUACAACUUCAUCCACCAUGACACAGAUGACAGAACUUUCAGACCUUCUCUCUAGAUUCAAUCUGUUAAUUUUCCUUCAGAGAAAAAUGGAAAAGACUGUGUUUCUCCUACAACGUAGGUUAUAUAUCACAUCACAGUUUUGGUUCUUCCCGUUGACAUUAAGCUUGCAUUUCAAACCUUUACAACCAAUGAAAGAACCCUAGGCUGGAGCAUCACUCAUUUUAUCCUCACAUUAAAGAACUAUAAGUGGAAUAGUGCCUGGGUGCACUCUUCUGACAACUGGAACACGUAACUAUCCAGAGAGAAGACUGAUAAGAGGGAGAUAAAAUGUUCAUAUAGUUUCCUGUUCCUGUUUUCACACUUUCAGUCAUUCAUAUGUAUGGUCUCCAGUCCUGGCAGUAACUGCCUUUUAAUGACCUAUAGCUUGCAGUAACCGCCCAAGGUUUGCUACAUGAGCGUCAGUCCUGUCACAGUUGUGGUGAACAAAGCAUAAUAUUUGCCACAGAUGAUUUAAAAGCUCCAUAAUUCCUUGAUUAAAUGGAAAGUUAAAUCAGGAGUUUGCUCAAAUUUCUUUAUUCAUCCACUGAUCUAUGAAACACAAAGGAACCAAGCAUUUUCAGUUACCUGAAAAAACAGUAUAAAAUCUGCAAAUCUUUCUGUUUAACAAACAAAAAAACUGGCAGAGUAUCUGAAUUCAGCCCACAUUUCAGCUUUACAUCUAAGGUCGUGAAGAAUU